AUGUCCAUGUCGAUGGGCGACAUGCCUGCGGGCUCUAUGUCCAUGGGCGAUGGCGUUCCCAGUCUGUUCACCCUACAGAAGAUGUACUGGGCUGUCGUGGGAAGUGCAAUCGGUGCAGCAACUCUUGUUAACGUGCUGGAUCGCGUUAUUGCUAGCCAUCGCUUGCGAGAUUCUUCACUCACGCCCGCCAAACCAAAAUCACUCUUCUUCAAUAUCUACGCCACCAUCACAGCAACAGCCCGCGAAGUCAGCUAUGCGACUCCACGACCGCUUCGACUCGGAGGAUUGACCCUCCAUUUCCCGCCACUUGGCCGCGUUCUCAUCAUGCUAGCCAACUUGGUGGUAGUCAUGGUCCUUUGUUUCUACAAGCUGGACACCCUGGAUCCAUGGGCAUGGGAGAACGUCGGCUACCGCACUGGUUUCAUUGCCAUUUGCCAGUUGCCACUGAUCUUUCUGCUGGCAGGCAGACAGAACAUUAUUGGGUUCUUGGCAGGAAUGAGCUAUGUCAGUUUGAAUUGGUACCAUCGCUGGGUCGCGCGGACACUGUGGUUGACUACCACCAUCCAUAUGGGAUUCUGGUUCCGCAAUUGGGCUCGCUGGAAUUAUAUCACCUACCAGCUUUAUAACGAUCCGUUGACGAAGCGUGGAUUUGCCGCUUGGGUUAUCCUGACCUUUAUUGUGAUCACUUCCUUCGCUCCAAUUCGUCGGCUCAGUUAUGAGUUCUUUGUCAUCCAGCAUCUAGUCACCUUUGUUGGCUUUAUUGUUGCGGUGUGGAUGCAUGCACCUGAUGAAGUCAAGAUCUGGGUAUGGAUCCCAAUUGGUCUUGUGGUCUUCGAUAGGCUCGCUCGCUACACCUGGGGUGCAUAUGCAAACUUGGCCAUUUUCCACCGAAAGAAUAAGACAAAUGCGCUCUGGGCACACUCGGCUACGUUUACUCCGCUACCUGGCAAUGUCACCUGCGUUACCAUCGAAAACCCCGGUAUCGGGUGGCAACCUGGCCAGCAUGUCUUCCUCACUUGCCACUCUGUCGUUCCAUUGCAAUGUCAUCCAUUUACUAUCGCAUCCAUCCCAGAAGAUAAUAAGAUGAAGUUCUUCAUCCGCGCCGAGAAUGGGGGAACAAGACGGUUUUUCCGGUACGCCUCAAAGAGCAAUGGUCUACUUGGGGAUGAACAAGUGGCACGGAUGUCCGAUACGACAGUUUUUAUCGAAGGGCCUUAUGGAAGCAUCCGGCCCUUGCGUCAAUUUGACAGUGUUAUAUUGCUGGCAGGUGGCAUGGGUGCGACAUUCACGAUACCUCUUCUGCGGGACGUUGUCUCAGCGUGGAAGAUGGAGAGCAACGGCAGCAAGGAGCACAUACCCGCCCGUAUCGCUCGUCUAACAGCCACCCAGCGGUUGCGUUUUGUCUGGGUAAUUAAAUCACGUUCUCAGCUGACUUACUUUGAUUCCGAACUGCAGUCGUUGCUGGCAGACGUGGAUGAGUGUCGACGCACGCAUUCAAAUUUCGAGAAGGAGAUUGAAGUUAGCAUUUAUAUCACAUGCGAUGAAAAGCUAGAUCCGCCUAUCUCUGUCUCACUACCAUUACAGACAAUGUCUCCUCCUACGCUGGAGACUUUUAUCCAAGAUGAAGCCAAGGAUAUCUCUGAGAAAGACGAUAUCUCAAUUCAUUCUCUCUCUGCUGAGUCGACAUCGACCACAGGCCCCGUGGCCACAGGUAGCGGGUGUCUUCCCGGUGGAGGCUGCUGUUGCACUACCCAAAUCGAAGACGAGGAUAUCAAUACCACCUGUGCCUGUACCUGCUCCGGCCCAGCACCUGUUCAGCCUGAGAAGGCUGCUCUGGAUAUGAAGUCCCUUCGGUCUGAAGACCCCACAAGCAAAACAAUCAUUCAUCCCAAUAUUGUCUCUGGUCGUCCCACGCCACGAACUAUCAUCCGCAAGGUCCUGGAGAAAGCCGAAGGAGAGAGCGCCGUGGUUGUGUGUGGACCUCGUGGCUUAGCAGACGAUGUCCGCCGUAGCGUGGUUUCUCUGAGCGAUGAACGAGCCGUGCACAAGGGAACUGGCGCGCAGGGAAUCUACUUGCAUGUUGAGAACUUUGGUUUAUGA